UGAUGACGUGUGCCGGUAAAGGCAAAAGCAGCUGAUUGCCUAUUGAUACGUAAUAGAUUGCCGAGCGCUGAGUGGUGGCAGGAGACGGAGCCAUGGAGGCUCUUUAUCAUCAGAGUAACAAACAUAUCCAUGAGGUCCAGUCUCAGAUGGGACACCUGGAGUCAUGUGACAAACAGUCUGUACAUCUCAUAGAGAAUGAAAUUCAAGCAAGAAUAGACCAGAUCUUCAGUAACUUGGAGCGAUUGGAGAUCCUGUGUAGCAAAGAGCCUCCCAGCAAAAGGCAGAAUGCCAAACUCCGGGUAGACCAGUUGAAGUACGACGUGCAACAUUUACAGACCGCGCUAAGGAACUUUCAGCAUCGGCGCUAUGCCAGAGAUCAACAGGAGAAGGAGCGCAAGGAGCUGCUGACACGGAGUUACACCACCAAUGAUUCAGAGACCUCAAUACACAUUGAUGAGACCCUCCAAUUAAACUCCUCUGUCCGUAACGCUCACCAAGGCAUAGACGACCUCCUGGGGAGUGGUACCAGUAUACUGGAUGGGCUGAGGGACCAAAGGAAGACCUUAAAGGGGGCCCAGAAGAAGAUUCUGGAUGUGGCCAACAUGUUGGGUCUGUCUAACACGGUUAUGCGUCUGAUUGAGAAGAGAGCAUUUCAAGAUAAGGCCAUCAUGAUUGGAGGCAUGCUUGUUACCUGUGUGGUCAUGAUUCUCGUCAUCAAGUAUCUGACAUGAAAGAGAGCCGAUUCAUUCAAAGCCAUGGACUAUCCCUCAGCCUGGUCUCUCCGCUGUCCCUCAUCUGCUGUGAAACAUCCCUGAAGCCACUAAUGACAGAAAGGGGGAGAGGCCGUUUAGAGCCCAAACAGACUUUUAACAAAGACAUUACCUGCUUCAUGAACGAAAGAUCUACAUAUUCUUUUAUGUAUUUAAUACUGUCUCCUGUUCAACUGCACAUUCGGUAUUAAAAAUCGUGUAGUACAGGAGUGUAAGCUUGCUGGUGAG